AUUCUCCCCACUAGUUUUGUGUCCGAGACAGAGAGAGAGAGAGAGAGAGAGAGAGAGAGAGAGAGAUAAAGGGUCGAUAAGGUCUUUUUCCGUUUCCUUGACCUCUCUGGGAUUUGGAUUUCGAUUUGGAUUUCGAUUUCCUCAUCUCAUCGAUUUGCUUCUCAAUCUCUCCAAUUCGAUUCUCCUCUGGAAAUUUCAAUCCUUUUUAUAUUUUCCUUGGUGAUUUCUAAGAUAAUUAAGAUCGAGAAAAGGAGAAUUUUGAGAGAGAAAGCAUCCAUCCAUCGAUGGCCGCUAUGAGCGACAAGGAAGCUAUGGUGGAUCCUUUUUUGGUCGAGGCUCUUCAGAACCCUCGUCAUCGUCUCACCAUUUUGCGUAUGGAGCUUGAUAUACAGAAGUUCUUUCAAAGUCCAGAGCAGCAACAAUAUGAGUUCCAGCCUUUGCCUACAUCUUAUCUUCGUCUUAUUGCUCACCGUGUUGCUCAGCAUUACGGGCUAUUUACCACUGCUUUAGAAGGUGGUGGUGUUGAUGGCUCAGGGAACAGAAUCCUGGCGACCAAAACGGUUGAAAGUAGAUACCCUUACGUCUGUUUGUCUGAGAUUCCUGUAAAGCAACCUGAGAUUCAUGGUAGGCCUGAGGGUUUCAAAAUCGCCAUCAAGCCUAGGCCUAACAGAGGAGCUGGUGGGAGUGGUAGUGGAUCAGGAGUAGAGAAGAAUCUUUUGAGAAGCGUUGAGGAGAGAAAAGAAGAGUAUGAUAAAGCUCGGGCUCGUAUCUUCAACAGCCCUAGCAGUUCAGACUCUGAAGAUUCUUCAACACGAGCUCCUCCUCCUCCCUAUCCUCGUCUCGACUCAAAACAUAAUACUGCAUGUCCGAGUAGAAAUGAGACUGAAGUGGUGGUUAAUUAUAAUAGUAAUCCUGUUGAUGUAGAGAGGAAUGGUGUUAUCAGAGACUCAGGGCGGACUUCUCGGGUUGCCAUUAUUAGAGAUAGAGAGAAGGAUCGUUAUGAUCCUGAUUAUGACCGUAACAGGUAUGUGAGGGUUGCGCCACCGGUACAAAACUUCAAUCCGAUACCGAUUCCGCUUCCGUUCCAUGACGCAAUUUUCCCACAGAUGCCAAGAACUCAAGCCAGCCUAAACUAUGGACACCCCUUAAACCCAGCUAUGACGGCACCUUCUUAUACAGAGUGGCCUAGUGCCACUAUGACUUAUGCACAAACAUUGAAUGCGUCAGACGUACAUCAUUUCAGGCACCCGAAUCCUUGACCUUUUGGUCGUAUUCAGCACAAUGUCUUGUAUCCAAACAGGUUUUAUUGAUGUAGCUUUAGAUUUUCAGUUCUUGUUGCAAACAUUGGCCUCUUUUAUCGUAAGACAUCUCUAAGCUUUUGUUACAAUAUAUUAUUAUUAUCAAGCUUCUCCACGAAAUCCAAAAUCUGCAAAAAAAAUUGUUGUACAAUGGGCCGGCCUGUAAAGGUUGUGGCCCGUUUAGAGUAGAUAGACGUGGAAGUGUGGAGUUUUAUGGGUCAAUGAUUACAUUUUCUUGUUCUUAUGGUCAACAUAGAAAACAGAGUCAACGUAUUUCCAAACAAAUUUUGUUUUGUUUUUAAUCGUUGAUUCUUCUGAUUGAAUGCACCUUAGAAUUAAUGUUCAGGUUCACUGUUUUAGCAACAAUGACAUAAAUUUUAU